AUUCACGCCGCAAGACAAACAAUUGUUGACCAUGCAUAUCACUGUUGAAGCUCCUCCUGGUGCUAAUGUUGUUUCCGUCCCACACAAUCGCCAUCAUAGGCGCAGACGGCAUAGUUCGUGUGCUUUACCCACAUAAUACUUUUGCCCCGCUGAUUCUGCCAAAUGUAACAGGUUUUCACACCACAGGUAUGGCCACGGCCGGUCCAGGGAGACUUUUCCCCGUGGGAAGCGCAGCUGUAGCGUCGCCGACUAUAAUAACACCACAUCCCUACGAUCUUCCGCCGCGUCCUGUGACCGUUGCGCAGGACUUUGCGGGCGUCGGCAGCACGUACCCAGCAUACCAGGCUGGCAUUGUGCACAAUACAGCGAGUAUGCCGUACGCACGGUAUGGCAUGCCUGUCGCGCCGUCGUAUGGUGCCUCAGAUGUCCGUCCUGGAGUGCAAUAUGGUAUGCCAGCCGGGGCAGCAGAGGCUGCCGCUGUAUCGGGAUUAUAAAUGAGUGCUCCAGGCCCAUACUACGGGCAUGGGCAGUCACAUUAUGCGCCCACCGUACCAUAUGUAGCGACCCCAGCGACAUACCCGACUGGUCUGGGUGCCAAUACUGGGUACGCACCGUCUGCGGGCCAGCGAUCACCAGUGGGCGUACACAGGCUCGUAGGAUCUACGAGCUACGAUCCAUCGUUUGAGGCGCAUAGGAUACCGAGACAGGCACGUAUUCAAACGGGCUGGGUGAGACCCUGCUAACUUGCGCAGUAGAUGGACGUCGCUCCGACCGUGGCGUAUACCGGGCGCUAUCUUUACCCUAACCCGCGUGGGUACUACUGAUCCCCCAGUUUUGCUUGAGAGAGGUUGUGAAAUAUUUACUUUUAUAUCUGUAACAUAUCGUGUACUAUAAAUCAACCCUGGCGGUGCCUAAGAUCGCCCAUGUCAUCCUAGAAGUUGUAUGACA